AUGAUAUUUAUCAGCUCGAGGCGAAAUAAGCGGAACGGCGUGAAUUUAUUUGUGUUAAGUCUACUAGCCUUUUUAACAACGAUCAAUGCGUUGUCGGAAUAUCAAGUUUUGGAAGUUGUCAAAGGAUUUGCGGAUAGUUAUCUAGCGCCGAAGAAUAUAGAAGUGGCUAGGAGUAUAAAUAGUACACUAUUUGCUGAGGAUGUUACGGGAACUGCGGAUUUAUCGACAAAUUUCGAUGGUAGAGAAUUGUCAACUGAAUAUCUAUUCGGUCUAUUUGUCAAUACAGCGGAAGAUCAAAAUGAUCCUUCGCCAUUCGGAUCCCCAAUAUCAUACAAUGUGACAGCUCUACUGGUUCAGCAUAACUUCAUCUCCACUUCGAUCAAAUUCCAGUUCCAUUAUCCGAUACUGAACGAGACUUUCCCCAUUCAAAUCGACGCAUUCAUGCAAGUCAACGAGAAUAGUGAGAUCCAGCAAUACGAUGUAUCAUUCAGGAGAUGGGCUUGGGCUACAGAUAAUAUAAUACCCAAGCUUAUACCUUUUAUGCAAAAAGGCUUGAAUCUGACCAACAUUACCGAUACGUCUGUCAUCCUACGAACAUACCUCUCUGAAAAGAUAUGUCAGAUGGCGAUGGAUCAUUGUACAGGUCCUUACGAGCAGUAUAAGGACACAGAGGAAUGUAUGACGUUUUUGAAUGGGAAGGAGAUAGGUGAAUGGUAUAGAUAUCAGAGUGAAGAUCAACUGAUGUUGAUUAUUUUGCCGUUCUUCACGCCAGAAGAUAAUCUCGUCUGCCGACAUCUACACGUACCGAUGUUACCUCUCAGACCAUCCGUACAUUGUCCGCAUAUUGGUCCAUCAGGAGGUGAUAUGUGUAUAGCACGGGACUACAAACAAGUGGUCAUGGAUUCGCAUUUCCCACAAGGAUGGCUUGCACCUAAAUAUGUCACUCCUGAGAAUCAAGAUGAAAUAGGAGGUAUUUAUGCCGUGAGCGGUGAAGAUUUAGAUCCUUUGUUAGAGAUCGCUCUUAGUCCUGGCGAUAGUCAUUCGUGGGAUCCUACGCUGUAUGCUACUGCCUUACUAGGCUACUUUCUAAUUUUCUACGUCGUAUCCAAUAUAUUUUGGUUUAUCUACUUCAGACGUUCUUCUGUAUUCCCUACUUUGGGGUUGGAGCAUCAGAAGAACGUUGUCAUGUAUACGAUGAACAUCAUCUUCACCACUAUUGCCCUGGCACUCGAAUUGGUAGCUGCUCCAGCUUUCGCCCAACGAUAUGCGUUAUGGGAAGUCCAGUGUUUGCGGACAGCAGGGGUGUUAGUUUCCGCUUUGUAUAUAUUCGAAUUGAUCUACAAGCUGAAGAUGAGGAUACCCAUGAUCGCCCAUCAUUUCUUAACUAUCAUUGCUAUUUCCUUCACCGUUACGGUUUUUGAAUAUACUCUGUCGAUGUCAUAUUUGAUUUCAGCUGUUAUAUGGUUAUUUCAAGCUACGACUGAACAACCUACAUUCUUCGGAUUACUGGGAUAUCGUCUAGAUUGGGAUCGUCGGACGGUAUCGACAAUCCUCAAAAUUGCAGCUGUACAGACAUUCAUUUUCAAGUCAGCAAGCGCAAUUGGAUUAGUGGUAUAUUGGGAGGUGCAUCAGAAUUAUUCGUAUAGACCCAUGGACAAAGCGUGGAACAGUAUGGUGUUUAUUUUGGCCAUUGGCUUGAUGUUAACGCAGAUAUGGGGGUCAUGGGUAACUUACCAGAUCGCUAUAAGAAUCAUCAAACAGCCCAUUUUACUUGGUAAUCCCAAAUUCAAAGGAUCCAAUUUGGCGAUAUAUCAAACUAUCAGAUUAAAAUCUGAAGACGAUGGUCAAAAUCAUAAGCGAAGUGAUUCGUCUGGUUCUGGUACCGCCUUAGAUGAUGAUAUUGAUCGAUAUGAAAUCAUGACUACGGAUGAGUCUACUCCGCUUCCUUCAGGAGGUAGUCUGAAUAGAUUACCCUCUUUAUCUUCUUUAGAUGGGACUGGAAGGAAUAGGUUGAUGAGUAACGCGGAUUAUAUCAGGGUUAGAGAUAAAGUCAAUAACGAACAAUACCCUUACUCCGGAGGAGGUGGGGGUUUGAUGGUUGGAUUGGAUCCUGCCAACAUACCUUUACCUAGAUCACCUUCUUUGCUUUCUCCUGCGUCCUGUUCGGCAAGGAGUCAUGAUCAGUAUCUGAGCACCACUCCGAACCCGACGGAUCGUGCUCGGGAUGAAGGUGGUAAGAGUGGAAUAAGGAAUUCAGCGAGUUUCGGUAGAGCUUUAUAG